AUGUUGAAGUGGGCAGUGUAUGGCAAAAAAGGCCAAGAGAUACAUGUUAAUUCAGAGAAUGAACAAGAAGAACUUGUAAUUAAUAACAGACCAUAUGAUGACCGGCUGCGUAGAUCCUUAGAUGCUCAAUCAGUUAAGAAGACAAAAAAACCAAGUAGAUAUCAAAGAAGAUCACUAGGUGCCGCUGCUAGGAAAAAUAGUAAACAUAUCGAUAAAGAAAAUAUAAAUUACGUAGGGCACACCCCUAAUUACUAUCGAGAAGGGUUUAAAAAACCCGAAAAUAAUGCAUUAAAAGACGUAAGUAAUAUCACUCCUACAUCUGUUACACCUCAUUUUGAAAAGAGAAAGAUCUUUUACGAUGAAAAAGAGGUAUCAACGGAUUUACCACCAACACCACCAACGUAUAGUAGAAGAGUACGUGAAGCAAAGAAACGUAAACUUGAAAUGGCCGCUUUCAACAAUAAUGAAGUAUUUUCUAGAAACAGCAUCGCUUAUAAAUCUGAGAGAAAAAUUAAGCUUACAGAUCGCGGAUAUCUCAGUGGAUCAACUUUAAGUCACAGUGUCUCUGAACCAUCAUUAAAUGAUCUUUCAGACAGGUUAAGUGCUACUACAGAAAGCAGUAAAAGUUCGAUAGCACUCGCAAAACAAAUAGAUAGAUUAAAAUCAGUAUGCACUACGAAAAGUGUAAACCAAGAUAUUGCAGAAAUUGAAUACGAUAAAAACUUAGUUAUUAACUGCGUCGAAAAACCAUUAGAUAAAACUCGUUUAGAAAAAUCAACCCUUCCUAUAUUUGGGCAUAGAAUAUUUACUGAUAACCCUUUAUAUUUUAAUAAAAAUGAUAACGAUUUAAUUAAUAUACGAUCGCUUAAGAGAACGAGAAAAAAAUCCAAUGAUUUUGAAAGUUCAUUUAAAUCACCUUCAAUUGACAAAAAAGAUACACAUGCACUGUUAAGGGACGGUUGUUCACCAGUAUCUAUUACACCAUUAUCUGCUAAACUUGCUGCUUUAAGGUUUAGUGCUAUGAGUACGCAUACAAAAUCUCAAAGAGUUAAUGUCUAUCCCCAUGAAGAAAUAACAGAAUAUUUCCCAAAAAUUGAAAAUCCCUUUACUAUACCAAUCAAAGACGAAGAAAGUUCAACUGAACUGGAAAAUAAAUAUAUAUUAGGUAAAGAUUCCGUUGCAGAAUCAACGGUUUCUACUACACAAAUGGGUGAUAUAACUCUUGAAAGAAUGAUAGAAGAUAUAAUUAAAAGUACAAAAAUAGUUAAAUCUAAAAGAAGAAUACUGCAAAAGGAAGCGGAUGAAGAAAAAUUAGUAAAAGACCAUGUUUAUCAAAACGAUGUAUUUGUAAAUCCUCCUAGAGAGGUGAAAAAUAAUAUAAUUAAAGAAGCAAAAUGCGUUAAUAUUUCCAGAGAAAACUCACCGAAAACAACACCCACUAAGAAAAUCUUACCACUUCAAAGAGAUACGGCAAAGCUAUUGAAAAAUGUCCCAAUUGGAGGAUAUAUCUUAGAUGAUGGUGACGGUUACAAUGAAAGGGAAGUCAAAACACCGGACAUUGAUGUGAAAGCUAAAGAAAGAUAUAUUGAAUGUUUUAAUAGAUCCUUAGCGCGCUCACGUUCAAUGAACGAUUCUAUGGACAGCCCAAAUAUAAAAAACAUGUCCUCUGAAUCGACGCCAGACUUACACACCGCUCUUAAAGAAUUUGGUAACAAUAGAUUAAGAAGACAAAAAUGUAUACGAAGAAAGAAGUCUACAGUCAGUAAUGAUAGUGAAUAUCAACGAGAGGCAAAAUCAUCUCCUCUCUCUCAUGAGAUAGGCUUACCAAGCCCGGAUUUACAGGAGAAAUCCAUACGUUCUGUUCACAGUGAACCCAGUAGCUGUGAUCCAAAUCAUUCCAUUUCGUCAACUGUGUCUCAUAGUAGUCUAAAACCUUGUGAAGCACUAAACAAGAGAUCAAAAGAAUUAUUUGGUUUGACUGAAACUGGUAUACCAAGUCCAAUAACUCCUGCUCCAAACUUAAAAAGAACAAGCAAUAAUCUCAGUGAAGACAGGGCACAUAAAACUAGUAAACUGUAUGAAGAUAUGCUUCCAAAUGAUUUAGCGACGCCGGUUAUAGAACAUCGUUCGUCACGACGGUGCCUAACAUAUUCUCCUGAAGAGAAUAGUAUUAGUAGUAGCGAAGAAAAGCGUGGAAGUAUUGCAAGUAAUCGUUUAGAAAGAAGUGCAGAUCGAUUCCAGGCUUUGAAGGGAACGAUUGAUUUAGAAAUUAUUACGAGAGACGAUUUGAUAGAUGUACACGUGAUCAGGUGUCGAGACUUACAAAGGACUUCAGGAAAAACGGAUGACAUAAACGCAUAUGCAAAGGUUGUUAUCAGUGGUGUAGCAGAAAAUCAGUCGCAGCGAUCAAUUUUCCAGCGCACUUCCGUUCUUUACGGAAAAAGAGAGCCAGAAUUCCAGAGACACUUGACGCUAUCCCUGCCGUCUGCCGUCUAUGACCACCAAAUGCUCCACAUCUCUGUGUGGCACAGAGACAAGAAAUACAGGUACGAAGUCUGA